CAGUAUAAGAACGUGCCCAGCUGGGGAUUUGAUCGACACUACUCCACCGUACACCAUCACCUCCUAUUACUCCCCACCAACAGCACACAGACGAGUACCGAACGUGAACGAUGGUCAACCCAAACAAAGUCACGGAACGCCUCUUCCAGUCUCCUUCCAAGUACAUUCAGGGUCCGUACGCCAUUCACAAUGCGGCGAAGUACCUUGGAAAACUCGGAAAGACACCACUGCUCAUUUGCGAUGAGAUUGUUUGGAGAAUUGCGGGCGAGGAGCUCGUGGGCGCGCUCGAGAAGUCCGACUUCAAGAUCCACCGUAUAGUCUUCGGCGGCGAAGCCUCACGCGAAGAGGUAGACCGCAUCGCGCAGAUUGGACGCGAUAAGUCCUCCGACUUCGUCAUCGCGCUGGGCGGCGGGAAGACGAUCGACACCGCCAAGACCGUCGCAGAUGGCCUUGCGCUCCAAGUCGCGAUCCUCCCCACCACCGCGUCUACAGACGCGCCCUGCUCCGCGCUCUCUGUGCUCUACCGCCCGUCAGGGGAGUUCCACUGCUACACCUUCUUUGACAAGAACCCGAGUGUCGUGCUCGUGGAUACGACAGUCGUGUCGAAAGCCCCUGCGCGCUUCCUCGCGGCGGGUAUGGGGGAUGCGAUCGCGACGAACGUGGAAGCGAGACGGUGCAAGAACAGCACAAACUUCGGAGGCGGACUUCAGACGGAGGUGUCUUCAGCAAUAUGCGAGAAAUGCGAGGAGAUAUUGUUCAAGUAUGGGAAGCAGGCGUACGAGGCGAACAAGGCUCAUGCAGUGACUCCUGCGUUGGAGGCGGUUGUUGAGGCUAACACCCUGCUAUCCGGGCUUGGUUUCGAGUCUGGUGGGCUGGCUGCGGCGCAUGCGAUCCACAACGGCAUGACGGCGAUAGAAGAAUUGCAUGGGCUACUGCACGGCGAGAAAGUCGCGUUUGGAACCAUAUGCCAACUCGUCCUCGAUGGAGUUCCCACCUCCGAGCUCGAUCGCUACAUCGAGUUCAUGCUCUCAGUAGACCUUCCAGUCACCUUCGAACUCCUCGGUAUACCCCACGUGAAGGACGAAGAGCUUCGUCGCGUUGCCGAGCUAUCUUGCGCGGAGAGCGAGACUAUCUGGAAUCUGGACCGAGUAAUCAAUGUCGACUUCGUCUUCGGUGCGAUCAAGGCAGCCGAUGCUGCAGGACGAGACUACAUCCGUAGGACGGGUUGGAAGAAGAACUAGACGGGUCAGGAUGUAUACAUAAUAGCAGUGUAGCGUAAAGUUUAGGAAGCAAUGUCACAGUGUACAGUACGAUGUACAGCGAA